AUCUAAAAAGUUUCAUUUUCUGUUAUUAAUUUUCUCUAGGUAGCUUAUAUAUGCUGUGCCUAUCAAGUUGCUAGUGUGUUUGGUGAGCUGUCACUAGAAAAUUUAAUUGUUCUCCAUCUAUUACUGUUAUCAACAACUGGCCAACAAGGGCACUGGUUUGUCAUUAUAGCAUUUUUAUUAAGUUGAUCAAAAAGCCAAACUGGUUUCAUGAAUUUGCCUGGUUUUGCAUUUUAGCUUCUCCUUAAGUGAAUCUGACCUUAUGUAUUGGUCGUGAUUUGCAACAAGCAAGUCGAACAUCGAAAGUUCAGUUUCUUGGAUUUAUUUAUUUAUUUGUACUUAAAGAAGAAAUGAAGAUAUUAAUUAGAGAAAAAGGAAUUGAGAUGAUUAUGUUUCUGUUUUUGAAGACUGAGGAAGUUGGGAGCUCUUGAUCGGACCAAAGUUGUUUAUGAUCAUCAGGGAUGGAGGCUUAUUUCCUGCAUCUGGUUGCAUGCCGGUGUCAUUCAUCUUGUUGUAAACAUGCUAAGCCUCGUUUUCAUUGGUAUCCGCCUUGAACAGCAGUUCGGAUUUGUGCGGAUUGGAAUUCUCUACCUCUUGUCAGGAUUUGGUGGAAGUGUGCUUUCUUCUCUAUUUAUCCAAAACAGCACCUCUGUUGGUGCUUCUGGUGCUCUCUUUGGUCUUCUUGGUGCAAUGCUUUCGGAACUGAUCACAAACUGGACUAUAUACACAAACAAGGUGGAUAAUGCUCUUUGUUGCUUCAAAAUCAGUGUUGCUCUAUAAAUAUUUUCACGUAUACUGGAUUACAUCACUCCAAGCGAUCUAUGCAUCAAUUUAGCAAUCUAAGGUUGUUUAUAGUCUUGAUUAUUUGUCACAUUAAUGACAACUUGCAAAGUGCUUUCCUUAUUGUUCCGCAGGCUGCAGCGUUGUUCACCCUCCUGGUUGUGGUUGCCGUUAACCUUGCACUUGGAAUCCUACCACGCGUUGAUAAUUUUGCACAUAUUGGUGGAUUUUUGACGGGGUUCCUCCUUGGUUUUGUUCUGCUACCUCGUCCUCAGUUUGGCUGGUUGGAACGUCAGAAUCUUCCAGCUGGUUCCCAAAUUAAAUCCAAGUACAAGCCCUACCAAUAUGUGCUAUGGUUGGUUUCUCUGGUUCUGUUGAUAGCAGGGUGAGUACCUAACCUUCCAGACAAUAAGCGAUUACUAUGCUUCUCAAUCUAUAUGGUCCUGAAAUGAUUUGAAUUUCAAUUAAAAUCCUUUAUUAUAAUUGACAGUACUUUUUCAUUUCAGAACAAUUACCAUUGUUAUAUGCAUUUGCAUUUUGCAAUGAAUGGUUUUUGUUAUGUGAUAGACCAAUUUGUCAUGUUCGGUAAAAGUGCAACACAAUGGUAAAUGUUUCACUUCUGUAUGCCCCAUAUAACACCUCAAUCGUCAAUUCCUCAUGUCUCUCAUUCCCGUACAUAUUGAGAUGUGGGGCAUGGUUUUAUUGUUCUAUGUAGAGGCAAUUGGUGAUGCAUAGGAUUUUAGGUUUCAAUCGUCAAUUCCUCAUGUCUCUCAUUCCCGUACAUAUUGAGAUGUGGGGCAUGGUUUUAUUGUUCUAUAUAUGUAGAGGCAAUUGUUUCACUUUUGUAUGCCCCAUAACACCUCAAUCGUCAAUUACUCAUGUCUCUCAUUCCCGUACAUAUUGAGAUGUGGGGCAUGGUUUUAUUGUUCUAUGUUGAGGCAACUGGUGAUGCAUAGGAUUUUAGGUUUCUUACAUUAGCUAGCAGCCAUGAACCUUGAAAGAGUAACUUCCUUUUCUUUUCAUGCUUGCUAAAAAGCAGAUUGACAGUUGCAUUGGUGAUGCUUUUCAAGGGAGAGAACGGAAACGAUCACUGCCAUUGGUGUCACUACCUGAUCUGCGUACCCACCGCUAGCUGGGACUGUAAUAAUGUAGCUUAGAUUCACAUAAUAGCAUCUGAGGAUUUCAUUUCAUACAUGUAAAUAUGUUGUAGCUUGUGAUUACUAGUCUUUGAUCAUCAUACAGCUUCUGUUACUAUUACUUUUACAUCUUUUUUUGUAGUGAACAGACUAUUGUUUUUACAUCUGAUUCUGCUGCUACAUAAUGUACAAUUUUCAUGGAUGUAUGAAAGUUUUUAGUUUGUUAAAAUUAAAUGAAUUCAUUUAUG